AGUAACUUUGCUUGCCUUGAAGGCAUGAAAUAGUCAAAGGGAGGCUUCACAAUGCCUGAUCCAUUCAGCGCCACAAGGUGCGCUCACAUUGCUGUAGUUGGUGCUGGAUGGUGGUCACAAGGUUGGCACCUUCCUCACCUCAGCCGAAACUAUCGUCCUGUCCACAGUUGUGAGGUGUUAUCCUUAAGAUCUUCGGUUAUUCACAUAAAUGCAAGCCCAUUCGUCAUGACUUCCUAAGAUGCACAAAUCACCGCUAUCGUGGAGCCCUGUGAAGCUCCACGCAGCACCUUGAAUCCAGACUUGAAGACCACAGAGGAGCUGCAAAAGCUCUAUGCUGUACCAGUAUUCAAAACAUUUGAGUCUUGUCAUCUUGUCUUAUCUUGUUUGCCUCCUUGAGACAGAUAUGGCCUUUGCAUGCUCUUGCCGUUUCACUUUGCUCAACCCUUUCCUGCAGCCGGGAAAUGCAAAACUGCCACAGACUGCAAGCUGCUUACUCGAAGUUGCUCAUAUGACCAAAAGACUGCAAGGCGCGUGUGAAAUCUUCUUCCCUGGCAAAGUGGAAGCACGACAAUUGUCCAGAGCAAGAAGUUGAAGUGCAGUGGAUGCCCCCCUGUUUAAUGCAUGGCUGAGCUCUUUGAAUGGCUUCUUGACGUGAUGCUGAUGCUGGGGCUCCUGAUGUAUGGUUUUGGCCUGCUGGGCCAGUUUUCCAAAGUGCCAGUUACUGUAUCAAAAAGUCUCCACAACUCCGAGGAAAAAGAGCAACACACGCACAAAAGCAGACUGAAAGAAAAUGAUGAAGCUGAACGAAGCUAAACUAAAAGAAAAGCUUAACAUAAGCUCCGAGACCCAGAAAGCAGGCCACAGGAGCAAGGUUUGUGACGAAGGAUACAAAGUUUGACAUGUACUCGCAACAGAACAUGCAGCAAGCACAUCAAGAGUUGCGAACAAACACUUUAAAGUUAAAGCCAAGCUUCAGGACUAUCAUUGCAAACCUGAGUGAUGUAUAGUAGCAUGUCCAACUUAGCAGAUCAAACUUCAACAGCCUUCGGACCUUUGCAGCAGUUGAAUAGGCCAACAUUGAUUCACACCCAGUAGCUUCUAACUGACAAAUUAGGUGUUUCUUCUGCAGAGAAUGUAGAAGCCAUAGUAUGUCGUGAUGUUAUGAUACAUGCUGUUCAACUUUGAGUAAGACUGCCGAAAUUAAGGAUGAAUUUCUUGCUUCACCGGAAGCAGAGCAAACUGACGGCGUGAUCAUUGCGACCACUCAUUCCGCUCACUAUGAGGUUGGAAUGAAGGCUAUAGGCCGCUUUCACGUACUGAUGGAGAAGCCAAUGACUACAGAUCUGGCAGAAGCAGACUGGCUUGCUCAAGCUGCAUCAAAGAGUGACCACAUAUUCAUGCUGAACAACACUGCAAAUUUCAGAGACUCCACUGAGAAAGUGCACAAUAUGGUCAAAAGCAAGAUCGGGCAGGUGAGAAGCGUCAAUUGUUACAUGGCAGCCGCACUGCUUUGGCUUUUUGAAGAUCCAGAAAAUGUGGGAUGGAUAAAGCCAACAGGUUCAAUGCAAGGAAAUGGCUUCGGAUUGGGACAAAUGUCCCAUGCACUUGCGUGGUUGUACUUUGUGACCGAUUUGGAGCCAGAGAAGGUGUGCUGCAGCAUGUUGCACUCCGAAAAGACCGGCGCUGAUAUUACUGACAUCGCCAUUGUCCACUGUGCUGGCAAUGCAAUCAUGAGCAUUCAUGGAACAGCUUCGAUGCCCUUCAAGUCUUAUUUUGAGUCGACAAAACAUAUUCACAUGAAGAUCUUCGGAUCCGGUGGUGUUCUCUCCUAUGGCGGAGAGGACCAGCAUCCUGAAUCCGGGGGAUUGCGUUUGGAGCUUUUUGAUGGGACAGACCAACACCUGCCAGGCUUUUACUUUGAGAAUUAUCAAGCAGAAGGUGAUGGACCAGAGUCCUUGCAAGUAUUCCUCAGCGGCUGCACCGGCACAAAGAUUCUGAACGCUGCAGAUGCAAUGAUUGGAAGAAAGGUGGUUGCGACGCUUGAUGCCAUGUACAAAAGUGCCAAGACUGGACAAUUUGAAGUUAUCAAACCAUUUGAAACUGCCAAUGAAAUAGAUUAUACUAUUUAUUUGUUUGAUUAAUUGAAUUCCUAAGAAAUAAGUA